AUGUGUUUUGUACAGGGCGGUUCUCGCGUGCCGGCACAGCAGCUUGUGGUAACCUUGGACGGACGCGUGGCCAUUGAUACGCUGCAUGGUGUGGGCCGACGGGCGAGCAGAGAAAGCCAGGGACUGAUACGCGAGAAGAGCACGUCCGGUACUGGGAGGGCUGAGGCGUUGGGUGGCGCCAGUGGAGAGUCGUUGGGACGCAAGCAAUGUGAAGGCCAGCAGACACAGUUGACUGCGCUAGGCCAGGUCGCAGCAGAGCCAGCGCUGAGACACGGAGAUGCGGACAAGACACGGGCUGAGCCAAUGAGAGGCGGCAGGCGGCUCUACACCGAGCGCGCAAAAGACACCACAGGCGCGAGGCGGCGCGUCGGUAGGCGGGGAGACAGCAGGCACUGCGGCGGAGGAACGGGCUCUACGGGCUCCACGCGAAGAGAAGAGGGUACCUGCGCAAACCACGGCCGACCGUCGCGGGCUCAGCCGGGCGGCAGGCUGCGGCCACGAGGGGCUGCUGUGAUGGCCACUGCUCAUCACAUCCCAUCCUGCCCACCCUCUCUCCCACCCCAGGCGAGCGAGCGGGCGGACGGGCAGGGUGACGCGCAAAAUGCAGCUGGUGGCUGA